AUGAGUGAUGCAAGCGAAAAUGAAGAGAAAUUGGCAAAAGUUGAUGAUUGGAAAGCUGAAAUGAAAAAGCGAAUUAACGAAGCCAAAAUUUAUGAUGUUACAUUAAUACCACCAGAUAAUGGUUCAGUCAACAUUAAUAAAUUUAUAGAAUUCCAAAAAACACUUGAAAAUUAUCUUAAUUAUCAGUCAAUUAAGUGGGAUUUAACACUUAUAGAUAAUUUUCUUAAGCUAUAUUCGCCCGAUGAUACUCUCGAAAAAUUUAAAUCUUACUUAGAAACUCAAGAAGAAGAAAAGGCGAAUGAUUUAUCAAAAAAAACGGAUAACGCAAAGAAAUUCUAUAGGGAAACAAAAAAACGUAGUCGAAGAAGUCGAUAUUCAAAAAAUUUACUUUCAGUGACUCAAAUCAUAAAAAAGAAUGAUUUAAGAGAAGCAUUUUUUAGAAUUACAAAAUUAACAAAGACUGAUUUGUGUGAUAAGGAUAUUUCCUCAAUUAUUGAAGAAUUUGUGAAAAUAAG